UCAGAGCAAGAACGAAAAAACUGAAUCACCAUCGAGUAGACGAUGACCUCCCAAUUCGAACCUGAAGCAGUUCACCGAGUUUUCUCCGGCCCCAAGACCACGUCGGGCGCACAUCAAUUUUGAAUUUUCAAGCGGCAGCUGCUCAGCUGAGCCGAACGCUGUACCAAAGUCAGAGGAACGGCUUAGCGCGGUCCGCGGGGAGCAGGCAACACUAAAAGCGUGCGUGUCAGUGGACAGUGACGACGGGUAUUGUUUGUGGACGAUUCGUUCGUUUCAGCUUGUUGGCUGUUUUACGGUUUUACGGUUCCCAGUGUCUAGACAGGAUUCGCGGCGAAAAUGGAGAAGACGACGGCCGAGCACGGUGACGGGAAGCCGGCGCCCGAGAUCAAAACAACUGACCUCGACCAGACGACGGUCUUGAUUGCGUUUUUCGUUGUUCUGAUAACAUGCGUCCUGCUGUACAUAUUCCGGAAGAAGCGGGCCGCCCGCACCGAUUUCCUGCUCACAGGUGUCUGUGACUCGGGGAAGACAUUGCUCUUCUCGCAGCUGGUGAUCAACAAAGGUCGUGAGACGUUCACUUCAAUUUCCGAGAAUAUCGGAUGGUACCAGUGUGGCCGGGGCUCCGUGAAGGUCCUGGAUCUUCCGGGCCACGAAAGGUUGCGGUCGAAGUUCUUUGACAAGUACAAGAGCCAAGCCAAGGGCAUCGUCUACGUCGUGGACAGCGCCACACUCCAAAAAGACGUACGAGAUGUAGCCGACUACCUCUACACGAUUCUUGCAGACAACGCCACGAGCUCCAGCGCAAUCUUGAUUCUCUGCAACAAACAAGAUGAACCUCUGGCCAAAGGCAGUGCCGUUAUCAAGGCCCUCCUCGAGAAAGAAAUCAAUGUGAUUCGUUCCACGCGGGCCAGCAAGCUGGAAUCUGUGGAUUCUUCACGUGACUCGACCAACAGUUUUCUGGGAAAGCAAGGAAAAGAUUUCGAGUUUGCGCAUCUUCCGCAGAACGUUCAGAUACUGGAGUCGUCGGCCAAGAAGAAUGAGCUGAACCACUUGCGGGAUUGGAUAGAUCGCAUUGUUUGAAAGUAUCGUUCGAGGCCUAAAGAGCCAGAACUGAAGGGACCGCGCCAGGUGUGUGUGGGGCAACACGGGCUACUGUUUGAAUUGAUGUUGAUACCAUUUUUUCCUAAUUUUAAUUGCCUUAGUUUCAAAUAAAGCGAUACGAGUAUUUUUUAAAAAAACA